UGUCUGUCUUGUCUCCAUAAGGUUGAUGAGAUGGCAUGUGGUUUUCUCUUUCUGUUUAUGUUCAACUUUGAUCGUGGUUUGUUUGAGGACAUGUUUGACAAGGGUUAAUCUGGGUUGGUGUUAUAAUACGCUGAAACUUCUAUUUCUGUCUAUUUUCAACAGUCAAAUCUGAUUUGUAAUCUUCGGAGAUGUUUCUUGUUUCUUUAGCAUUUUGGUUACGUUUCUUUGACGUGGAGGUUGUGGACGCGCUUCCACCGUGUUUGUGGUGGUUUUGUUCUAACAUCCGGGUUAUAGAGCAUUGUUAUUUGUGUUAGUUGUUUUUCUUUUGCCGACUUUGUUAAAAAACUGCUUUCUCUUUAUUUUGGCAGUUACUUGCCUUUUUCUCUAUCCUAAAACCUGGUAGAGUUUACCACCGUUAUUGGAAUAUAUGAAUUUUGUUUUAUAUCUACCAAUAUUAUGCUAGUCUCUCUGUUUCUUUAUACCGGUGAUUUUCUUGCUGAACUAAUGGCUUUCAAUUUUAAGAGUCCUCUCUGCUCUGUAAAAUGAAUUACGUAUGUGUUGAAAACUUAGUUCUAUUCUAGAAGGGAAAAGGAAUAAAACUUGUUUUUGUCUUGCUUUAUAAUCUGUGCUUUUGGUUGCUAAGAUCUUCUCUGGUUUCUAAUUACAUAAUCUAUUAUUAGUUUCACAAGUGGAUGAUUUUUUUUUUUAAAGGUAAUGCAGAUUUAACUGUAUAAGUUAUUAAGAGUUUUGACAGCUACACCUCCUUGUUACAUGAAAUAAAUCUUAUUAGAGUGCGCAUCUGUUUGUCCUUAUCUUUUCCCUUACUUUUGACCCUUUCUAAAUUUGACUCUCUUUGAGUUUGCAUCUCGUGAUUUCUAGAGCAAUCGAAUGGUCUUCUUCCCUCUUUCUAAUUACUUUACCUUACUUUGCUUUUGUGGGAAAGAAAUUCUGAAAUAGAUAAGAUAUUAGUCUUCUCAGUUCUUUCAUCCUUCCUUUUGCACUUUUAGAAAUUGUGAGAACCUUCCAAAUCACAAGACUGGGAUAUGUUGCGAACUUGCUAUAAGUUGAUCUGUUGUGGUGUAUUGUAUAACAUGGUUCAUCACAUACAAAAAUCUCCUGGAAUUGUUGUUUGAGUAUCAAAAAACAGGUUGUAGACAACAAUUUUUGCCGAUAUUUGAAGCAUCUGGCAGCUGAUCAAAAUGAAGAUUGAUCAUCCAACUAAACGGAAGUGUAGAGAUAUAUGCAUUUGAUGAAGGGGAAAUCAGAAAGAAUGCAAACGUCCCAGAAACACCCAGCUUCAUCCGGUUUCGAUUUAUACCACCAGCCUGUGCAAAACGUCGAUCCCUACACUCGUUACCAAGUAUUGCAAAGCAAUUCUUGCCAUGAAAUCCAUGAUAGCAACAGUCAGGGAACCACUAUCUCGUUUGAACCCUGCAAGGAGCAAUACUUUACCCUUGAAUCAUCCCCAGCACUCAAUGAUCUCAUAGGUAGUGAUUCUCCUUCCUAUGCCAGUGUAUCGUCCAAUUCCAACAGAAGUCCUUUUUCUCCGCAUGCUUCUCAUUCAUACCAUUCAGACCAGCAUCAGUCAUCUGACAACAACUAUGGAUCACCAACGAGUGCACACUCCAGUGCUGAUGAUAGCUAUGAACUGAAGCACAAGCUCAGAGAACUUGAGAUUUCACUGUUGGGGCCUGAUUCAGAAAUUGUUGACAGUUGUCACUGCUGCUACGAGGGUGGCCACCACGGAGCAUCUCCAAUGGCUAAAUAUAAUUGGGAUCAGGUUGUAGAAAUGAUUCCAAAACUAGACUUGAAAGAAGUCCUCAGUCGGUGUGCACAGGCUGUAUCUGAUGGUGAUAUUGAAACAGCGGUGGGAUUUAUGAAUAAUGUAUUGCCAAAGAUGGUAUCAGUAGGGGGUGAUCCAAUCCAGAGGUUAGGGGCCUACAUGUUGGAGGGUCUAAGAGCAAGGUUGGAGUCUUCAGGGAGCCUAAUAUACAAAGCCUUGAAAUGUGAACAACCAGCAAGCAAAGAUCUCAUGAGUUACAUGCACAUCUUGUACCAGAUUUGUCCAUAUUGGAAGUUUUCUUAUGUAUCUGCCAAUGCUGUCAUUGGAGAAGCAAUGCAAAAUGAAUCAAGAAUCCACAUAAUUGACUUCCAAAUAGCACAGGGCACUCAGUGGAUGCUGCUUAUUCAUGCUCUUGCAUCUCGUCCUGGUGGUACACCUUUCAUUCGUGUAACUGGUGUCGAUGAUUCCGAAUCCUUUCAUGCAAGAGGAGGAGGACUUGACAUUGUAGGAAAACGGCUCUCAGAAUAUGCCAAAUCCUGUAGAGUUCCAUUUGAGUUCCACAGUGCGGCAAUGUCUGGAUGCGAGGUUGAACUAGAAAACCUUGUGGUUCUACCGGGGGAAGCUCUGGCUGUGAAUUUCCCUUUUGUUUUGCACCACAUGCCAGAUGAGAGUGUGAGCACAGAGAACCACAGGGACAGGCUAUUAAGACGGGUUAAGAAUUUGUCACCCAAGGUUGUGACACUGGUUGAGCAAGAAUCCAACACCAACACUUCCCCCUUUUUCCAAAGGUUUGUUGAGACAUUGAGUUAUUACAGUGCAAUGUUUGAGUCAAUAGACGUGGCCCUGCCCAGAGAGGAUAAGCAAAGGAUCAGUGCUGAUCAACACUGUGUGGCUCGUGACAUUGUUAACAUGAUAGCUUGUGAGGGGCCUGAGAGGGUGGAAAGGCACGAACUUUUGGGGAAGUGGAGGUCAAGAUUUUCAAUGGCUGGUUUUUCACCAUGCCCUUUGAGUUCCUCAGUCACCAAUGCAGUUAGAAAUAUGUUAAGAGAGUUCAAUGGAAAUUAUAGGCUAGAACAUAUAGACGGUGCGCUCUAUUUAGGAUGGAAGAGAAGAGCCCUCUGUACAUCUUCUGCCUGGAGAUGUUACUGACUCACUGGCAUACAUCUAUCUAUGUCUGCAUCUUCUUCUUCCUUCUUCUCUUGUAUUAUCAUCUACUCAUUUUUCUCUAGUAUCACCAUUUUCUCAACAGGACCACUACCUAU